CCCCCCCCCCCUCUCUCUCCUCCGAAAUUCUCUUCAAAUUCGCGUCGAAUUACUCUAAUUUUCAGAAGCGAAAUUCUUUCAAAAGCUCGAACAUCAAAAUUGCUUUCUGUUCAAGAUGCGGCUUGCACGUUGUCAAUAGAUAAAAUAAUGAGAAACAGUUAGCUUUCGUGGUGUUGCCUGAUGACUUGAUGGAUGAAAAGCAGCAUAUUGCAAUAUUCACGACAGCGAGCCUUCCAUGGAUGACUGGGACUGCUGUCAACCCUUUGUUCCGUGCAGCUUAUCUUGCAAAGGAUGGAGAGAGAAACAUCACUUUGGUGAUUCCUUGGCUAUCUUUGAAGGAUCAAGGGCUAGUUUAUCCAAACAGGAUUACAUUCAGCUCACCUUCAGAGCAAGAAACCUAUGUUCGUUGUUGGCUUGAAGAGAGGACUGGUUUUAUAUCUGGAUUUAAGAUAUGCUUCUACCCUGGGAAGUUUGCAAAAGACAAAGGGAGUAUUCUAGCUGUCGGGGAUAUUACUGAAGUCAUUCCUAAUGAAGAGGCUGACAUUGCCGUCCUCGAGGAGCCCGAACAUCUUACAUGGUUUCAUCAUGGGCAGAGAUGGAAAAAAAAAUUCCGGCAUGUUAUAGGGGUUGUCCAUACGAAUUAUUUGGAGUAUGUGAAGAGAGAGAAAAAUGGACGGCUGAAUGCGUUUUUCUUGAAACGCAUCAACAGCUGGGUUGUUAACAUCUUCUGCCACAAGGUUAUAAGAUUAUCAGCUGCAACACAAGAUCUUCCAAGAUCGAUCAUCUGCAAUGUCCAUGGUGUGAACCCCAAGUUCAUCCAGAUUGGCAAGAGGAAGCAAGAGCAGCAACAGAACGGAGACCAUGCCUUCACCAAGGGUGCCUACUAUAUUGGGAAGAUGGUGUGGAGCAAAGGCUACAGAGAGCUCCUUCAACUUCUCUCAGCCCACCAAAACCAACUAUCCGAUCUCCAAGUGGAUUUGUAUGGGGAUGGUGGAGAUUCGGAUCAAGUCCAGGAAGCUGCUAGAAAAUUGAAACUGGCUGUUAAAGUGUACCCGGGGCGUGAUCAUGCCGAUCCUUUGUUUUAUGAGUACAAAGUGUUCUUGAAUCCAAGCACAACUGAUGUGGUUUGCACAACGACUGCAGAAGCACUGGCCAUGGGAAAAAUCGCUGUUUGCGCCAACCAUCCUUCCAACGAUUUCUUCAAGCAGUUCCCCAACUGCCGCAUGUACAAUCGUGGAGAUGAGUUUGUGAAAGCAACCCGCGCGGCGCUGGCUGAUGAGCCAGCUCCACUGACUGAUGACCAGAGGCAUGAACUGUCGUGGGAGGCUGCCACGGAGAGGUUUGUGCAGGCCGCUGAGCUCGAUCAGGCCUUUAAAGAGAGACCCACUUCAGCAGUGACGUCACGGUUUGCAGCAUUGUCGUUGAGGAUGGCAGACUUGAAGAGGAAAAUGGAAGAUGUGUCAGCAUUUGUUCAUUACACAGCUUCUGGGAUUGAAGCUGCACGGCGUGCUUUUGGUGCAGUCCCGGGGAGCUUGCGCCCAGACGAAGAGCAGUGUAAGGAGCUUGGUCUGGUUUACUCACAGGAGAAGCAUGGUUCGAACCGUUGGCUCAGCCGGAGCUCGUAGCAGGUAAGCUCUUAUUAUGUUUGUUCAUGCAAUUCCAGUCAGAAUGUAUCAUUGUGAGGUGUACAGGUUUGGGAAGUGCAUGGGGCCCGCCUUUUGUUUUUGUGAAGUAGUUCAUCUGAUGGGUUGUAUCUUGGGGUGGGCCAUGCCUCUUGGAUGAUCCUUGCUCUGCAAAUGAACAGUUGAAUCCAAUGAUCCAGUAUGGAGAAAUAUGGAAUUGGUGGGACGAUUGGGAUCAUGUUCUGAGGGAGAAUUUUGGGGCAUUUUCCAUCGUUGAUGCAACCUGAUUGUAAUUAUGGUUGGAUGACCAAAAGUGGGCCCCACGUCUAGUUAAUUGGGCUAAGAUAAUUGCUUAGUUGAACAUUG